AUGCUGCCGAGCAGGAAACGAAGCAGGACGGGUAGCCAUCAGGACAGCCUCGCAGGCGCUCUGCCCGGGGAUGAAGCGAGCGAUGCCAUCAUCAUCUCCGACGGUGAGGACGAGGAGCUCGGCAUGGAAGAGCUCAAGCUAGAGAUCCUUCAACUCGAGCAGAGGCUUGAAGAUCAAACCAAGAAGACAAAGCAGUACCAGAUCGAGUCGGUCAGGUAUCAUGAGCUGCUGCUCAAGUGUCGGCGCACCGCCCAGUCCGCCCUCCACAAGCAAGCCGCUCAGUCGCAACUACACGCACAGGCGCUACAAGACGGCCUUGGAGAGGUACAGGACAUGGCCGGCGCGAUAGAAACGACCCAAAGCAAAGCCAAGGAGCAGAUUGACGAGCUGCGCAAGAGCCUUGAGGCUGAGAGGCAAGCCCAUGCUGCCGCCCAGCAAGCUCGCCAGCAAGCCAUCGACACCACCAGGGACCUCGAGGGACCUCGAGGCCUGCAUACAGAAACUGCAGACGGAGCUAAGCCCCUCGCACGCGAGCAGACAAAGCGGGCAGAUGCUCAGGCUGCUCUGCAGGAAGAGAAGACGCUCAACAAACAGUUGUCGGAGAUGAUAGCAAGGCUCAAGGAUGACCUUCAUGCGAGGCAGCAGGAGCUGUCGCAGCUCCAUCCCCGUACAAGGCAACAACACAGCGAGCAGCAGCAGAGGACAGCUCCCGAGACAGCCAUGCGGCAGAUGCACGGCAUGGCGCUCCAAGACGGCAUGAUUGCUCAAGAGAGUCAUCUGGCCGUCCCUCCAGCCCAGAGCGGAGCAUCCCCAAGCUCCAGAGCUGACCUCCCAGUCGCCAGGCCGUACGCACGGCCCGCCCGUGACCCGCGGCUGGCGAAGCCCCAGGCACCUGGGCCAGAGCCUGGAAGCUGCAUCUUCAGCGAGGCGUACGUGGGCCUCAAGGGCAAGCCAGGCAAGCACAUGGACCCUCGCUAUCACGGUUGGCUGCCGUAUGAUGACGCCUUCGAGAUCAAAGACAGCUUGACUGUGCUCUGUGACGGGGUAGGAGAGGGAGGCUAUCGGUCAGGGAUCUUUGCGAGGAAGCUUGUAGAGAGCAUGGCAAGGCCUGUCAACAUGGACGGCGAUCUCUUUGAAAAGCUUGAGUACUGCAUCCAGAGGAUGCGCAUGCCUCAGACCUCUGGCUGUCACGACAUCGCGUCUUCGACUGUGGUAGCGCUUCGGCUCACACCGGGAAGAGGCAGGGACGAGAUCAUGAUCGAUGCUCUCGAGCUGGGGGACAGCCAGUGGGCGCUGCUGACCUUGGACGCUUCUCCACGCAGGGUUCGCUGCGACUACCUGUCGCCCCCUCGCUUCCAUUCUCCGCGGGUCAACGGCGAGAGACCUCCGUACCAGGCGGGGAUGGACCAAGGGCACAUGCGGCAGUACAGAGACAGGAAGAACGAGAUCUUGCAGCAGAGGUGUGCGCGAUCAGGCGACAUCAUCGUGGCAGGAAGCGACGGCUUCUGGGAGAACCUGGGCUCAGACGACCGCGCGAGAAGAUCGGCGUUGGAGACCAUGUCGGAGGAGGUACUCGGUGACUUCGGGGACGGGGCCCUCGUCGAGCGGCUUGGAGGAAGGCUGCGGGAGAGGACGGAGAAUAGGAUGGAUAGGUCGAUGAUAGGGAAGAAGGACGAUCUGACAGUGAUCGUGUCUCGCAUGUGUCGAGGGCAGCAGCAGAGAGGGGUUGAGGUCCGCAUGGAGGGGCUUUGCGAGGGCGGCUGUGACAUAAACCUCGUCAACGAGGUCACAAGGGGGAUCGUCAAGUACCGUACAGUGGGGCCCGCCGCGCGCAACUGA